AUGGCGCCUGCGAAACCUAAGAAACAUGACGCCAUGAUGAUAGCUAUUGACUGUGGUGAAAGUAUGGCUGAAGAUGAAUCACCAGGGACCUCAUAUUUCGAGCUUGCCAAAGAGGUUUUAGACUGGAUUGUCUCACGGAAGCUAUUUUCCAUGUCGAAAGACAAAAUAAAUAUUGCUCUGUGUAGCACAGGCACACCUGAAGACUCAAAUUCACUGAAAGUUCGUUUCUACGACGACAUGUAUCAGGAUGUUAACUUUGAUCACCUCAAGUUCAUCAAAGAUGAAGUGUGUUUGAACCGCAAUACUAGCAGAAGCAUGGGAGUUUCGGCGAUAAAGUCAAUUUUGAACAAAAUGAUAGAACAUAUUGAUGAGAAUGAGGGUGUUUCUGGAAGGUCUCUAAUUCUGAUUAGCAAAACGUUUGCUCAUCCUUAUAAAGACCAAGCAGAGCAGUUCGGCGUGAUCAAGAAAAUCAUGGAUGACCUUGGAAUAAGCUUGACUCACAUCGGAGGACGUGAAAAUGAUAAAUCAAGCGGAAUGGAAUUCUUUAGAUCUUUGUGCAAAGCUGUGGAUGGAAGCUUAUUAGGGUUUCGGGAAGUCGGCUCUGCGCUUGAACGGUUCAGUCAUCCAGCAGUUGUUCCAAGAACUUUUCAAAAGUAUCUAGAGAUCGCCCCUGGAGUCAGGUUACCUUUAUCCAUGUUUGUGAGAGUUACUGAAGCAAAAAAUCCUCUCAAGAAACAUGUGGUCGAUGGUUCGGGUAAUGAGUUCAAAAGACAAACCACUUUUGUUCGGUUGAACGAAGGUUCAAGUAAUGAGGUACGUAAUCGUAUGCCUAAUAUAACAGGAGAUACUCUCCCGACGGAUCCAACCCCUGAUGUUUCUAACGGCGAAGCAGUUUCAAAGGAUAACCAUGUUUAUGGAUACGCAUUUGGAAGUUCGAAAAUUGUUAUUGACCCCGAGAUCGAGCAAGAUCUUUAUGGUAACCAUAACUUCAAUGAAAAAGAGAAAGGAGGUUGCCUGAAGUUGAUCCAAUUCACUCCUUUGGAUAAUAUCUUGCCCAGUUAUCUCAUUGGGAACAGCUCCUACUUGUUAAUACCAGGAUGCGACAAAGAUUCCAUGAAAGUAUCUGCUAGUCUAAUCGCUGGAAUGUUAAAAGAAGGAGUUGUUGCAAUCUGUAGAUUUGCCCCUGAUGUCUCUAAACACAUUUCACUAAUGUGCCUUGUUCCAAAGCAUAAUGAGCAGAAUGGAUAUCAUUUCCAAGGUGUAAAACUUCCAUUCUUUGAAGACUGGAGAUCUUACACAUUGCCUUCCUUGGAGUCAAUAGGAAGCGCUCCUAACGGAGCUCAACUUCAAUUGGUCGAUGAGCUCAUCGACUCCAUGAAUCUCAGUGGAACAACUUUCAACAACGAAGAUAUACCUAAUCCUCAUUUCCAACAUGAAUGUAUGUUGCUGAAGCAAAAAGCCCUUGAGCUGCCUGGUGAAAUCGAAACUUCAAAGUUCUUGCAAAGAUACCUAGAGCCUAAUCCCACUCUUCUCCAGCAGGCACAGCAUGUUUUUGAUUCAUUCCUGGAUGCUGAUAACAGAAAUGGUUUCCAUCUUGAACGUGUAGUGAAAUCGAAAAAGACUGCGGAGGAGAUAAUUCCUGAUCCUAAAGAUCAUCUGAAAGCUGUUGAAGUACAAGAGAAAAUGGAAGUAGAUACCGAAGGCAGUCCGCAGAAGUCCGAAGCAACAAGUAAGCUUAUGAGAAUUGUCCAAAAAGCUUUGGAUAAUGGUGGCGCGGCUGUGCAUGAGUUGUUGCUUGGUUUAGGAAUUCAAAUGAAACUCUUUGAUGAAUCUUCCUUGAGCGUGGUGCAAGACUUCAUACAAGUCCGUAAUAAGUUCUCAGAGACUGAAAGGUUUUCUGAGUUCAAUGCUUGGCUCUUCACCAUUCAUGGCAAUGACGACUACCACGAUUUCAACCAAUACAUGGACAGACACUGCUACCCAUCCCUCAUCACUGUCGACGAAAACUGCAAGUCAGAGUACAAUGAAGUUGAGUCGCAGAUGUACUGGUCAGGAAUUUUGGACGACAAAAAGAAUAUUCUGUGA